AUGUACUGUUUAAAUAGGGGCUUGCCUGGAAGUAAGGACAGCGAUGUUCCAUUCAGGAAAUGGUAUGGCUGUUUGGGGGAAUUGCGUUCCUUAUUCCCACAGCACUGCAAACUUGUAAUUCUCACUGCAACUGCGACAAGAGAUACGAAAGAACAAAUACUAAGCACGCUACACCUGUUUACAAAUGAUGUACAUUUCAUCGAGCAGAGCCCAGAUCGGAAAAAUAUACAAUACAGUGUUCAGUAUUUAGAAAAGGAUGAUCAUUUGGAAAAUGCCUUUUCAUCACUAAUUCAAGAUGUUAAAGAACAUGGUGCAAUUAGUCAGCGAACAUUGAUUUACUGUCAGACUCGAAAACAGUGUUCAAUUAUUUACCGCAUUUUUGAAGUGUAUUUGGGUAAGCAACUAUUUCUUGGUGACUGUUUACCACAAAAUAGGCUGGUUGAGAUGUUUCAUGCAGGAACACCUCCCCUUGCCAAGGAACACAACACAAAAAAUUUAGCAGACAAAAAUGGUCAUUUACGCAUACUUGUAUGCACAAUUGCAUUUGGUAUGGGAGUGAAUUGUAAGAAGGUACGAAGGGUGGUACAUUUUGGCCCGUCCAAGAACAUUGAAAGUUAUGUGCAAGAGUGUGGGCGUGCUGGUAGAGAUGGGCAACCUAGUUCCUGUUGCCUUGUUUACAAUGGUUUAUUGUUAGGGCGCUGUGACAAGGAGAUGAAAGUGUAUGUGCAGGCUAAAGAGUGUCGUCGAAAGAUACUGAUGGAUAAUUUUGGCUAUCAAUGUGAAAAACAAAGUGAGCUAUCUCACAAAUGCUGCAAUAUUUGUGCUGAAAACUGCUCGUGCCAAGAAAAAUGCACUGUAUGGAAUCUAUGUGAAGAGAAUGAAGUUGAUCUUACCAUGUCAAAUGAUGUUACAAAAACAUGUAUUCAAAGGCCAGUUUCACAAGGACAAAAAAAACUGUUGCACACUGAACUAAUCAAAUUCCGGAACACAGUUAUAAGCAAAGCACAUACACAAGAACAAGUUCCUUGUCCCAAUAAUCUACUUGAAUUCAACAAUUUUCACAUAAAUCAAGUAAUUAACAAAUGCUACAAGCUAUUUACAGUCAAUGACAUUUUGCAAGAGAUUGAAAUUUGGAGACAUGCUCAUGCUAUUGAAAUACUGAAUAUAAUAAACAGAGUUUUUGGAGAUGUUGAUGCCAAUGAACUAAUGGGACUUGAUGAGGAACAGUUCCUCAAUGACACUAGUUUCACUUCAAACUGGGAUGAUGUGAGAGAUGAUCAUGCAUAUCCUUCAUGGAAACUCAGGAACUUGAAUGUUUUUCCUCUUUCAACACUAGCAAAGGUGAUGAAUCCAUGGAUUUAA